CUUAGUUCCUGAGCAGUUCUGCUUCAGGAAAUCCCACUCACAACUGUGAGCCGAUAAUGGACAUAGAAUGAGUUGAGCCAGGGACCUAGGCAGAACUGAGUCAGGUCAGAAGGAGACUUCUGAUGUCCUUAGACACACCCAUGUGACAUUCCAGAAAAAAAACACACGAGGCUUUAGAGAUGGAAUGACCUGAUGGGUUCACCCUGGGCAGAGCUGGGUCGUCCUAGCUGUCCUCACAAUACACACCAACACACUUCUUCUCUAGCUCCCACUGAUGAACAUUCAUUCCUGUGACUGAAAGGACCAACCAACAUCCAUGGGUAUGGCCGUGGAAAAUAAAAGCAUCUGCCUUUGGAACAAAGGUUCCUUCACCCAUAAUCCUCAGCUACCCUCUGAGACCCCUUGCUUUCACGAUCUAACCAUACUCCAUUUUCUGAGCUCACUAGACCCCUUCAGGAUAGACAUAUCUUCAUGGACUAUCACCAGGCUGUACUUUAGUCAUUCAUUCAUUCAUUCACUCACUUGCUCAUUCACUCAUUCAGUCAGUCAGUCAGUUAGUCAUUUAAUCAGUCAGUUAUGAUGUCUAUCGGACCAUGUUCUGUAGGCUGGCAACAUUGACUAUAGAAAGAUCAGUGUUGUGGGAGAUAUAAAUAUGCAGACUGGAAACAGGAACUCAGAGUGGAGGGGACAAGGAGAGGAGGCACCGGGACCUGCCAAGGAGACUGAGAAUAUAGCUAAAAUUCAGAACAAGGUGUUUGCUGGUCAAGGAAAACUAGAGAAGUUGACCUAAAGAGUGAGUAGGAAUUAGGCAACGAACCUAGGUUGGAAGGAAGAAAGGGCCAAGAGAGAAGAAAUGGCAUCAAGUGUGGGGAACUCCCAUGGAGUCUCCGGGAGAUGAGGAGUCGUGUUGAGAAGUGAGAUUAUAGAGGAACCCGAACUGUCUUAAGAUCUGGAACUUUAUGAGAAGCCUUUAGAAGAAUUGUAGCCAAGGAAUGACAUCAUAUUUGGAUGUUAGAACACUUGCUGUUAGGAUCAGUGCAAGGAAGGGAAGUGAGACAGGAGCCAAGGAAACUGGGCAGAUCCCCCAGCUACCAGAAGUACAGGAGACAGGCAAUGGUGGCACAGACUGGGUUGACGCUGCAGCAGAAAGUGAGAGGGUUCGUGUGUCAUUCAGAAGGCCUCUCUCUUGUGGUGGGCCUGGUGCUGUACAUCUCCAGCAUCAAUGACGAGAUGCUCAACAGAACCAAGGAUGCAGAGACCUAUUUCAACUACAAGUAUGGAUGGUCAUUUGCCUUUGCUGCCAUCUCCUUCCUUUUAACAGAGAGUGCUGGGGUGAUGUCUGUGUACCUGUUCAUGAAGAGGUACACUGCUGAGGACAUGUACAGACCUCACCCAGGCUUCUACCGGCCACGUCUGAGCAACUGCUCCGAUUACUCUGGCCAGUUUCUACAUCCAGAUGCCUGGAUCCGGGGCCGCAGCCCCUCGGACAUCUCCAGCGACGCCUCGCUACAGAUGAACAGCAACUACCCAGCUUUGCUCAAGUGCCCAGACUAUGACCAGAUGUCAUCAUCUCCCUGCUGAGCCAGCCCCAGCCUCCUCCCCACCUGAACUGUGGAUGGCUGGACAGCGUUCCCCUCUCCCCCUGAGCUAAGGCCCAGGCUGUUCCCUGCUUAGCCAUUGUUACUUGACCACAUCUUCUCCCUGCACCCAGAGUAGCUAGCAUCCUUCGGUGGGCAUCAGAGCCUGGAGUCAGAGGCAUGCUGAUUGGCUGAGAGCAUGGGUGAAGCCCCGCCUCUAGAGUGCCAAUCAUAGCCACGGGCUCCAGGGAUGCCAGCAGCACUCCAUGUUGUGCUGUGCAGGAAGAUGCCUGUGUUCUAGUUGAGUUUUGUUCCUGCACUUCCAGGUUAGCCAAGGCCAGGCUGGAGUUGCCAAGUCUCUGAUACAGACAAAGGCAGACUUGAAUGCUUGCCUACCAGCCUGGCUCUCCAUCCAUGAGCUGGACUGUGAGACCAAAAGGUGAUUCUGCUCCCGUGGUCUGGCUGGCUCAGAAAUCUCAAGCAGACUGUUCCUUUUAUGUCAUCGGACUCUCUCCACAAAACACAUCUCUCUGUGUAGCACUGCCCUCCCCCCAGGCCCUGGACCAUCCAGACUUUCAUCCUUCUAAAACACAGCUGCCCUGGUCUGGGACUAAGGUAAGUAUUCAGCAAUGCCAAUGACGUCACAAAGGUGUUAAUGGCGGAAGAUGUCUUAAUACACAUGACCCCUUGAUAAGCUAUUUCAUGGGGCCUUUUGAUGCCUUAACCCAAAGUAGUGACUGAUAAUGAGAAAUCAAGAAUUUGACAGUUUUGUGUUCAGAGCGCCAAGCACUGUGUACAACCCUGGGGGGUUGACUUUCAGAGACCCUAUUUCCAUCCUAGGCUCUAAGUUCUAAUCGUGUAGACAGGUUUCUGUACCGCCUAAGUACACCAUAGCUGUAAGCUAGAUUUGAUGGUUCAGUGCGUUUUGAGCCCAAACAAGCUAGAUUUCCGGAUGAUCCGGCUGCCCUGCUGAUGGUGCCUGUGAACAUCUGGACGUUGCCAACUUAAUCCUAAUAUGGGAAAGCAUCCGCUUCCCAGUUUCAUGGCAUAUGUGGGCAAAUCACGUGCCUCCAGAGUGCCAGACAAUGUGACAACUGCUUCCCUGAUGGGAACUCGGAGCUGGGAGGCUGCAGGCACUUCUGAGAAGUCCACAAAACUCCCAUAGUCCCCCAGGUGUCGGCUCAGCUGGACCAUUGUUCGUUCUGAGAGCUGUGAGAGGCAAGCCAAUGUGGCAUUCUCUGUGUGGUGUAUUUUUGCCGGGCCCAUUCUUGCCUCGUUCUCUUUAAGAUGCCAAAUGUACCCGAAUAUACAAAGCCACAGUGGGUGACUUGCAGGCUCUGGCAAGUGGCACAGGAAACCACACAGCUGGCGCCUACAGAAGGACGAUGACUCAGUCAGCAUGGAAGAGGCCAGAAGUUCAAUAUCAAGUUGUCAGAGGACUGAUCUCCGAGGCAUCCGCUCCUGGCUUACAGAUGGCCGCCUUCUUGCUGUGUGAUCAUGUGCUGCACCUGAGACCUGAGGCUUUUUUUUUUGCAUAUUCAAAUUACCUUUUAAAAGGACACACCAGAGGCUGGGGAUAAUAACUCAGUUAGUGAGUUCUGGCCUAGCAUGCAUGAAGCCCUGGAUUUGACCGAACACUGUAUAAUCCAGGUGUGGUGGUAUACAUUAGUAAUCCUAACACUUGGAAUGCAGAGGCAGAAACAUCUUCAAGGUCACUCUCAACUACGCAGCUAGUUUGAGACUAACCUGGGCUGCAUGCGACUAACCUGGGCUACGUGAGACUAUGUCUCAAGAAAUUUUAAAAUCAGGUAUGGAUUAGAGCUCAUUCCAAUAAAUUCAAUGAUCACUAUUAAUAACUAUGAAUAUAAUCAUUUAAGUACCCAUGUACAAUUAUAUUCACAUUCUGAGGUACCGGAGAUUGGGGUCUCAGAGUACAAAUCUGGGAGAGGGCACGGCUCAGCCCCUAACAUGCAGAUUGCUUUGUAGAUAUUACUCCAUCAGUGUCACAGAGAGUGGAGGGGAAAGAGAAGCUUACUUUUGCCUGUCGGUUCAGUCCCUGAGUCAAUCCUUGGGCGAACCCUCCAGUUCUGAAAUGCUCAGCUGGGACUGCCUCCACACAUCCCCUCCACAGCCACAGCCACACCUCCAGUGAUCCAGUCCACAUUGUUCUUGUGUGCCAGUUUCUGUAUCUUCCUGUGAUGUGAGGGCGGCGGGCAGCCCUGGCUUCCCGCUUCUUGGGUGUCUCGCAAUGGCUGUGGUUCACUUUUGCCGCUGUUUUCCAGAGUCUGUUUGGAGACGGCUAAGAGGUAUUUUCAAGCUGGAUGCGCGUCUGGGUGCGCUCGACUCCAACUUUUGUCAAUGUUAUUAACACCUGUGAUGUACUUUUCUCUCUCUAAAACACUUCUCUAUCACCGUGCCAGGCUUGCUUGUGUACACAAGGAAAAAAAACAGAAUCUAAUCCUCCCUGUAAGCUGACUGCCGACCGUGUGUUGUUAGAGCAUGCUAUCUCCAGUCUGAGGCUGAGCUGUCAAGUCCAAGGGCGUUCCCACCCUGGAAUGGGUCAUGCGCACUUACUGUAGUAAUGGGUCUGGGUCCCUUUCUUCCCCAUGAGGGGAUGGGAGAAUGUAUCAACACAUACCACCAUCAUAAUUUCUUUUCCAUCUAUAAACCGAUUUCAAAAAACUA